UUCACAUACUGAGCAACAUGCAGAAGAGCAGGUUUGCUAUCCUCUUAACCUUGUGCUUCACAUGUGCAUCAGCCACUGAUGAUGUUCAGAUUGAGAAGAGCUGCAUGUUGAAGAAUCAAAGCUGUGAGACCCACCACCUCAGCACUGAGUUGGGCACCUCUGUGCUUUUGCCUUGUAAUUUCACCAAACAUGCCCAAAACAUCGUCUCCUGGAUCCACUCGCCGGCUGUAACCGUGGUAACCAUCACUUCAACAGGACAAGUAAACUUCUCUGACCCCAGAUUUGGCAGAAUACACGUAUUUCCAAAUCAGGGCUCACAGGGAAACUACUCCAUUUCCAUCAUCAAUGUCAAUCACAGUGACCUGGGCUGUUACCAGUGCCUGAACCAAGAAAGAUGUGUUCAAGUGGGGUUGGCUCUCAAAACAGAGGCCGACACCUGGCUGUUUCCAUUUUACAUUUAUAUAGUUUGUGGUUUGGCUAUCUUCAUUGUUCUGGGUGUGGGAUGCUUCCUCUGUGUCCGCUUUUUAGGAAAUAAAGAUACUGAGGAGAAUCACAGUGUAACUGCCCAUCAUGCCAAUGAUGAGUUUCUCAUUUUAGAUCUAAGCCAUCCAACCCAGGAGAGUGGGAGAGUGCCAGGGGACGGACAGCCCCAGGACACGCCUCAGCCCAGAUCUCCUGCAUACGUAAAUAACACCGUGUAUGAAAAUGAUGAUAUUGAAGAGGAACCAGAUUAUCUAAAUCAAAUACCAGAACGCAGUCAAAUGGACAGAAAUGAAGCCAGCCAACGUGGCCAUUUUAAUUUUGUGAGAAUGGAGAGUCAAAGAAACAAGCAAAGAUUUCAUACAGAACUAAUAAACCGAUUACGACAGGCAAGUAUCCGCAAACAUUAUUACGUCAAUCAAGAUGAACUUCACAAGCAGCGGGAUACUGGACCAACUAAAGGUGCCCAAAAGAAGAAAGACAAAUCACAUCGUCAGUUUCCAAAUCCAAUAUAUAACAGGAGUGCGGAAGAUCUUGACCAAAUGUAGACCCAACUGAAUUAACAGUUUUUUCUUUUAAAUAAAAAAAGGACUUUGUCAAUGAAUCUAUAAAAUCUU